ACUGGUUCAUCCGGUUCCCCGACACACACUUCAAAGACUUCAUUUCGCCUCCAUUUCACUCCCAUUUCUUCUCAAAUAAAUUCUUCCCAAUUUCAUUUACAUUUCAAUUUCAAUUUCAAUAUCUGAACUAAACGUUACUCUCUUCUUCUUCUUCUUCUAUGUGUCCUCGCUAUCAUCGUUCGAGGUUGAAGCCUAAUUUCGAUGUUCCAGAUCUCAUUGUUUAAUCUCUUAUCAUUCUGAUUUCAACCAAAGUUCUUUCGGUUUCCGAACAUGAUUGUCACCUUCUCAAUCUGUAACCGUUAACUAAAGCAUGUGCUGUGGCCCAGUGAAAUCAAAAUCAAGGACUUCAUUUUUAGUGUUGCCUUAGAAGUUUCAACUAACGAAAAGGAUAUGAAAACACUAACCAUUGAUACUGAAGAUUCUUUUUCCAGUUUAUUGGAAUUUGCUUCUAACAAUGACAUUGAAGGUUUUAAGUUGCUAUUAGAUAAAGAAGGAGCUUCUUCGAUUAAUGAGGCGGGUAUUUGGUAUGGUCGGCAGAAUGGGUCUAAGCAGAUUGUUCUUGAGCAUAGAACUCCUUUGAUGGUUGCUGCUACUUAUGGAAGUAUUGAUGUUAUGAAGCUUAUACUAUCGUAUCCUGAAGCAGAUGUGAAUUUUGCUUGUGGGGUGAAUAAAAGCACUGCCCUUCACUGUGCUGCUUCUGGUGGGUCAGUUAAUGUUGUUGAUGUUGUGAGGCUUCUUAUAUCAGCUGGUGCUGAUGUUAAUUGUGUCGAUGUCAAUGGAAAUCGUCCUGUUGAUGUCAUUGUUGUUCCUCCAAAGCUGCAAGGCAUGAAAGCAGUUCUUGAGGAACUUCUUUUGGAUAAUGCCUCUGAUAAUGGCUCUGUUGGUGACUUCUCUGUACCGGUGUCUGUUAAGUCUUCUAGUUCCGGUUCACUUGAAAAUGGGACGGCGUUACCAUACUCUCCUUCAGUGUCGCCACCUUCUCCUAUGGCGGAAUUGAAAUUUACUGAGAAAAAAGAGUAUCCAGUUGAUCCAUCACUUCCUGAUAUAAAAAACAGCAUAUAUGCAAGUGAUGAAUUUCGGAUGUUUUCUUUCAAGGUUCGUCCUUGUUCCCGUGCGUACUCUCAUGAUUGGACCGAGUGUCCAUUUGUUCAUCCUGGAGAAAAUGCUCGGAGAAGAGACCCUAGGAAGUUCCAUUAUAGUUGUGUGCCUUGCCCUGAAUUUAGGAAAGGGACUUGUAGGCGUGGAGAUAUGUGUGAGUAUGCUCAUGGAGUAUUCGAGUGCUGGCUUCACCCAGCUCAGUAUCGAACUCGCCUCUGUAAAGAUGGCAUUAGUUGUAAUAGAAGGGUGUGUUUUUUUGCUCACAUUCCAGAGGAAUUGAGGCCAUUGUAUGCGUCAACUGGAUCUGCAGUUCCUUCACCGCGAUCAUCUGCCACUGCUCUUAAUGCGAUGGACAUGGCUGCUGCAAUGAACCUUUUUCCCGGUUCACCUUCGUCAGUCUCUUCCAUGUCUCCAUCUCAUUUUUCCCAGCCGAUGUCCCCUUCUGGAAAUAGUAUCUCAUUCUCAAAUGCUUCCUGGGCACAGCAAAAUGUUCCAGCACUUCAUUUACCAGGAAGCAAUCUUCAAUCUAGUCGAUUGAGAUCUUCACUUAGUGCUCGUGACAUUCCACUUGAAGACUUCAAUGUGCUGACUGAUUUUGAUGGCCAGCAACACCUUUUUAAUGACUUGAGCUGUUUGUCACAGCCUGGCCCUGGUUCUUGUCGGUCUAAGACACUAACUCCAUCAAAUCUUGAAGAGCUGUUUUCUGCUGAAAUUUUGUCAACUCCCCGAUAUUCUGACCAAGCAAUGGCUUCUGUUUUUUCCCCUUCACAUAAAUCAGCUGCUAUGAAUCAGUUUAAGCAGCUUCAAAGUAUGUUAUCACCAAUAAAUACUAAUAUGUUGUCUCCUAAGAACGUUGACCAUCCUCUGUUACAGGCUUCAUUUGGUGUCCCUUCUUCAGGUAGGAUGUCACCUAGAAGCGUUGAACCAAUCUCCCCAAUGAGCCCCCGGAUGUCUGCAUUUGUGCAGCGUGAGAAACAGCAGCAACAGCUGCGGAGUAUAAGUUCUAGGGACCUUGGUGCCAACAAUCCUACCUCAGUUGUUGGAUCCCCUACAAACCCAUGGUCUAAGUGGGGAUCUCCUAAUGGGAUGGCUGAUUGGUCGGUAAAUGGGGACGAACUAAGUCGCCAAAUGCGCAGUGCGUCGUCUUUUGAACACACAAACAAUGGGGAAGAGCCUGAUCUGUCAUGGGUCCAAACCCUAGUGAAGGAUUCCUCACCUGAGAUAAUUAAAGAGAAGUUUGCAUCUUCUGGACCUAUUGCGUCUGCUGAUGGAUUGAAUUCCAAUUCACAAAUUGAAUCUGUUGAUCAUUCUGUUUUAGGGGCUUGGCUUGAGCAAAUGAAACUGGAUCAGCUUGUAGUCUAGUUAUUAAAUUGACACUUCACAUCUUAUUGAGAUAGGUAUUUAAAUUCUUAAGGUACAUAUUCUUUUGGUGAAAUUUUUUCGGAUGAAGACAACAAGGAACGGAAGUAGUAAAAGGAGGAGGCUUGGCUACAAUGUUGAAGCGUAGUAGUAUUCUAUUUUUCCAAUAAAAGAAUAAAAUUUGACAUUCAAUAUUUUGCUAGAGAGCUUAAAAAGAGGUGAAGAACUAUCUCUUUGGGCUGAUAUUCGUUAGGGAGAGAAUCCUGUGGAGGUCGUGUAUUUUUCUUCCGAAACGCCCUGUUUUCAGGAUUUUUCCUUUUUCCACUUUCAAGUUCUUUCUCAAGUUGUUGCCUAUAUAUAAAAAUAUUGAUAUGAUGAAGGAAUAAUUGCGCAGGUAAUUUGCACUGCUGAGUAUUUGCUGCAGAUCUAAGAAAUAGUGAAGUUCAUUAUGUUCAUUUGGUGUAUUAAUUUGGAGUGUACCGGUUAUCAUUUAAUUUUCAAACUCAAAUGAUAUGUGCUUUAUUAUCUUGAUGUUUUUCUUACUUUUUUUGUGUGUCUUGGAACUACCAACAACUUGUAAUGUUCUCCUUUUGAGCAACUAUUUAAUAUAUUAUGUACUACUUGAGCAUUGUU